AAACGCCAAGUCGUCGGUCGAUCUUUCACCUGCGUAGCCACGUUCGGCAUAUUUUUCCAUUCGCGUUUGCUGGUGCGAAAAAUCGUAUAAUCUCGGUGUAAAUUCGUUCAGCGACUCCAAAACACGGUCCACCGGAAGCGACGAUGAGUGAGACCAUCGCGUGCACCCCGGAAUCGACACUGUUCGAACCUCCGCAGCUGCAAUUCAACGAAGAAGGAUGGGGUCCAUGCGAGUUGCCGGACGCCUUCAGGGAUAUUCCCUAUCAACCGUUCAGCAAGAGCGAUCGUUUGGGAAAGAUUUCCGACUGGACCGGAACGGCCCAAACGGACAAGAAGUACUCCAAUAAGUACGUGUCUCAAUUCGGUGGUGGCAGUCAGUACGCGUACUACCAUGAGGAGGAUGAAACGACAUUCCAUCUGGUGGAUAGCGCCAGGAUUCAGAAGCCACCGCAUCAGCGGGGUCGAUUCCGUGGAAAUAUGAGAAACAACAGGGGCCGUGGUCGUGGGUCUCGUGGAGGUGUUCAGGCCGGUGGAAUGACAACGCUCAACAAAAACGCGAACAAGGGUCGGGAUCAGCGCCGUGGAACGACCCGCAAGUGGGGCCACCGUUUGCCGCCACCCAAGAACCGUGACGCUUCCGUUGCGGUGCGUCCCGAUUGGUCCAUCAUCGAAGAGAUGGAUUUCCCUCGGCUGUAUAACUGGAAACCAACAAAUGAGGCCCAACGAGCCACCCACGAGACAGCUUGGGCUAGUUUUCGUCGAAUGGCCUUAACGGUGGCGCCAACAACCAUCAAAAGCACGUCAUCAGCGUAA